GCUCCCUCCCCACACAGCCGCCCACCGCCUCCUCCCAGUCUGUCCUCCUUCCCGUCCACCUCUCAGCUUGCCUCCCGGCUCCCGGCUCCCUUGCUCCCUUGCGAUCGUGACCUCCGCCUCAAUGCAGCUCCCGUCCCAUGACCUCGCCCUGUCGCUGGCAACCCAGCGCUCAAUCCGCGUUCGCAACGUCCAGUGGACUACCGCCCGACAUGCAGAUAGCAGCAUCGACCCGACGCAGUCGAGUUUUGUACUGGCAAACAUCCUCCAAGCCCGCAAGAAGUCCUCGCAGCAGCACGCCGGUCAGGCGGAGUGGGAUAUCUCGGACAAAGCGAUCGGAGACCGGAUGGAGCGGGGUGGUGGAUGAUUUGCAGGCAUCUGAGUUCUAGUGUACUUUAGCAGGAGUGUACUUUGUAUCUAGACGGGCGUCUAGAAGUGUGUAUCAAUAGACUGAUUGCGUGUGUAUCCAAAGCAAGACAGCAGACCCACAUCAAGGAGACACGCUUGCCUCAUAUCUUCCUUAGGACAGAGGAUGAGAUUUCGCGCGCGUGAAACUCGGCACAUGGCAUCUUUUGUCAGCAUGCUCACGACGUGAAAGCAGCGAGGCAUGCGGCGGGCAUGGAGGAGUGCCUUUUGUGUGUAGCAAGUACAUGUGAUGAGUUCAAAUGAGGCAAAGUUGAAGUACAAGUCAUCGUGGAUUCGUUGGUUGCAAUGGAACAACUGCAAGGGAAAGGGCUGAUUUGAUUUAUUUGAGAUGAUAAAAGACAAAAAUUGUCA